CACCGCACCACACAUCAUUUCUCUGCUUUUCUUUCUUUCUAUCCAACCAAUUAAUUAAUCCAUCAUUUCUGUCUGUCACCUCCAUUUUCCCUUUCCCCUCUCUUGUCUCCACAACACAAAGUGUUUCUUUCACUAAACUCAAAAUACUGCGUCGUUCUUGACGCUUAUGGCUUGAUUUCUUCCAAGCAAGCAGGGAAGCAAUGAAGGAAGGGAUGAGUAAAUCUUGGUUUUUCGACAAGGAUUUCAGUGGGGUUCCGGAUAAUUUUUUCGAGGAUACUUUGGGGUGCUUUGAUUUCCCAUUGGAAGAUGUAGAACCAAAUGGUGAUGAUGGAGAAGACUGGGAGUCUAAAUUCCGACAUCUCGAGCCCCCUUCCUCUAAUCUUUUAACCACUUUUUCAACCGCUAUCUGUGGUGAAGAUGCCUCCUCCCUGGAACCCAACUAUAACUCUUGUUCAGUUUUGCUUGAUGGAUCUUUACAGUUAAAACAUUGGGCAAGCUCUGCUGAAGCAUCUUCAAGCAGAAGCAAACCCAUCCUUUGUCGGUCUUCAGACAGCAAAUAUUCUCAUCUGUUCCAGGCCACCAGCCCAGUUUCUGUCCUGGAAAGUAGUGGCAGUUCUUGUCCCACUGAAAAUGCGACAACAUAUUACCCCAAAUUUGUCACACCAAUAAAGCGCCCUCGAAGCAAGCUGCCACGCCUCCGGCGACAUACAUUCCCUUUCAUCCCCACUGCCUGUGCCUCUAAAAAGUUUUAUUGUUCGGCUUCUUCAGAUCCAGAAUUAGAAUACUAUAAUGAUGAGGAAAUAUUGGAUUCUUCCAGGAAAACACAGAAGAAAAGGAAUCUGAUGCUGCUAUCUUCUGCAGUAGAGAUGGCGCCAAAGAUGAAGCAGCCAGUUGAAACCAGGAGAUGCACACAUUGUCAGGUGACAAAGACACCACAAUGGAGAGAAGGACCAUUGGGGCCAAAAACCCUUUGCAAUGCUUGUGGGGUUCGGUACAGAUCAGGCCGCCUCCUUCCAGAGUAUCGACCAGCUGCCAGCCCUACCUUUGUUCCUUUUUUGCACUCCAACUCUCACAGGAAGGUGUUAGAGAUGAGAAAGCAGACGGAGCAGCAGGCCUCUAAUUUGCUCAGGGAGCAUGAAGUUUGAGCCUUCCUUUGCUUUCUCGUCAGAGAUAAGCUCCUGGGCAAAAGAUUUGAGUCCACUUCUAAAGAACAUUGUGCGUCCAGUUGAACUUCUUUCUCCUUCAAGAAAACAAGAUCCACUCUCUGCGCUCGCAUGGCUGCCAUCAUAAUGAUCAACUACAUGCCUUGGUGAAUUCGUUUGGGCUCCAAGAGUGUCAGAUUUUGGCAUCGUUGCUGUCGACAAUGAUUCUGCUGAACUUAUCCAACCGGACCAGUCUCCGUCUUCUGGGGGCAUCAAGAAUUUGAAGUUUCAAUCAAGCUCUUUUAGUUUUUGUACCUUGUUAUUUUUCUGCAUGUUCGUGGAAGCUUGAUGUUACUUGCUGCUGCUUAAUUCUUGUUCUGGAUAA